AUGAAACUUGAAUCAAUGUGUGUGGAUAUAUGUCUCUUGCUGUUGAAGCGCUUUGGAGUCCCUUAUGAAGGAUUGGGGCUGAAAAUAGAGAGUCGUGGAUCUCCACCUCAUGGUGGGGGAGAAGUUAUUCUGACUAUUCCAGUUAUUGAUAAGUUAACGGCAGUUAAUUGGCUUGAUGAAGGAAUGGUAAAAAGGAUUAGAUGGGUCACCUACUCAACCAGAGUGUCUUCUCAGUUUGAAAGUACCAUGAUUCAUGCUGCUCGUGGAAUCUUCAAUCGUCUGCUUCCAGAUGUUCACAUAUUUACUGAUCAUAAAGCUGGUCCUCAAGCUGGAAAGUAUGAGGAGCGAUUUGAUGGCAGGUCACCUGGUUAUGGAAUUUCACUGGUUGCAGAAACUACUUCUGGUAGCUUCAUUUCUGCUGAUACUACAGUACCUUAUGCACAAGGAGAAGCAGGUUAA